GGCCGACGCUGGCCGCGGAUCUUCGUUCUCUGACGUGCCCAAGGACUACAGGAUCAUUCUGCCACCCAUGCCCACCGGAGAAGGACUGAAGACUAUGGUUGUUCUACAUUGCGAUAUAGCAGGACGCCCGUACAAAAUAGAGGACUUUAGUCAGCCUAUGAGGAACGCUGGCAUUAUUGAACAGGUUGGUGGAAUAGGGGCUUACCAGAUGUCUCACGUCUGGUUAGUGAAUUUCCGCACUGAAGAAGCGAAAAAGAAGUUGCUGGAAACCAAGCCCUUCCUUGUCAAAGGUAGGACCUGCGUCGCAAUCGACCCACAGAGGCAGGAAGUGCGGCUGAAAGUGCAUUGGUGCGCUUUCAACGUGAGCAACGACGCAGUGAGACGGGCUUUCGUAGAGUACGGGGAGGUGAAGGAGGUCACUGGCGACAAGUGGAAGACAGGCGGCUUCGACAACGCCGACUCAACAACGCGUGUUGUGCGGCUUAUUCUCCGUGAUGGGGUAAGCCUUGAACGCAUACCACACCAAAUGCGCAUCGGAAACGGAACAGUACUCGUCAUAGUGCCAGGCCGUGCGCCCAUCUGUCUACGCUGUCGUGCUACAGGACACAUCCGCCGUGACUGUAAAGUGCCCAGAUGCAAUAAGUGCCGUGCUUAUGGGCACGAAGAGGAGGAAUGUGCAAGGUCCUAUGCUCGAGCUGCUUUUCGAGGAACGGCAGAAAGCAGCGAGUUGGUAAUGGACGAAGAUGAAGCGGAACAGGCUGCUGCGAACGCGGCCUCAGACGCUGUGACAGGAGCAGACGCAGCUAAUGUGAGUGGCGCCCAAUAA